CAAAUUUUUCUCGAAGCCAUCACUUUAAUGACACUUAUGUCGGCAUGUUUAUCAUGCACGUUGAUAAUGCUUCAUGCAUGUCCCACCGUUAGUGAUCUUGAAAACAUUCACUCACGAUCACAUACAAGACGGUGAAUUUAUUAUAUUUAUGUUGUGCCCAGACAUAAACCUCUCAGAAUUCAUAUGCUUCUGCUAUCGUCUUCUUGAAGAAACAGCUGACGAGACGAAUCAAAAGUAUCAAAACAUCUGAUCAAUUUUUUAUUGAGGUGAUUGUGAUGAGAAUUUGGAGGUUGGAUCUAAUUCUCUCCUGCUUAUAAAGUUUAUCAUUUCCCAAAGUCAGAUAGUUAAAAUACUGUAUUUUUCUGACUUCAAACAUUUCAAUCAAUUCGUAACUUAAAAAUGGGAGUUCCGAACGUACCUUUGAGAAUACCUACUCAUGCUCAAAAAGUGUGUAAUCUGUACAAAAGGGCUCUUCGCUGUCUUGAAUCAAAUGAACCAGACAGGCCAUUGUUGAGGUACAAGUCGGUUCUUAUGCGUGAAAGAUUUGAAAAGAAUCGCAAUGAAAAAGAUCCCAUCAGAGCAACUCAAUAUUUGAUUGAUGGAGAAAAGGAACUGUUCAAAAAGGCACAUUUUCAACCAGCAGUCUUUGCUGCGAGUGCUGGAGAACUUUUGUGGAAUAGAUACGCCCAUAUAUCAGAUUCUGUUCUCGAUUAUUGGCAUCCUCUGGAGAAGGCUCAGUACCCGGAAUAUUUCGCUCGCCGUGAACAAAGGAAAAGGCAAAUGGAGCAGUGGUGGGAAAAGACAUACGGCAAGCCAGGCCAAAAUAAUGAGCAUCAUUGAGAUUCUCAAUGUCUUCAAGGCUCUUUUCGUGGCAGAUACAGUCGUAAAAUGCCGAAGUGUAAAUUAUGUGUAGUGUUAUAUUAUUUCUGGCAAUAAAUAAUACAUUCAAUUUAA